GAUAGUGUAAGUCUAUUGAAAAAAUUCAGUUGAUGACAAGGGCUAAACCCUAAAUCCAUCGCGAAUCCUCAUGGACCGUAGCUGGCCACGCCCACGCCGGUGAGCAGCCGCCACGGGUGCAAACGCGGACGACGCGGCCGCCACCUCUCGGGCCACGCGAGCGGUGCACGCCGCCGCCGCUCGAUGAGCAGCCGCCGCCGGAUUCGCCACCACCUUCACGACCAGGCCGCCCCCGACCACCCUGCGUCCACCUACGGGUGCGGUCAGCAAGGUGGUGCUCGAGCACCCCCGCUCGUCGCCGACGAGCUGCCCCCACCGGCCUAAAUUGGUGCUGCUACCCCGUUCCCCGCUGCUUUGUUCUAAGGUUUAUUGUACAAGGGAUACAUGCAACAGAAGUUGUGAAGCCAUGCCUACCCAAGAAGAAACUGUGGUCACUGAAUCAUCACCGUCUAGUGAUCCACCUAUCACUAUUGGGUUGGCCGUGAGCAGCUCCAAGUCCAGCAAGUAUGCAGUGAGAUGGGCUCUGAAAAACUUUGGUACCAGAAAGAGGACAAGGUUCAUGCUCAUCCAUGUCCGGCAAAAGGUCACACUUGUCCCAACCCCGAUGGGCAACUAUGUUCCUGUUGAUCAAGUGAGGGAUGACAUUGCCAGUGCAUAUGAAAAGGAAGUGGAAUGUGAGGCCCAAAAUAUGCUCCUUAUGUACAGGAACAUGUGUGAUGGGAAGGUUGAAGCUGAAGUAUUGGUUGUCAAGGGUGAUGAUGUGGCAGAAACUAUUUCAGGUGUUGUCUUAGCAUGCCAAAUCCACAAGCUUUUUGUUGGUGUCUCUUCUCAAGGCAACUUUAUUAGGAAGUCCAAGGGCACUAGGACGUCCUCUCGCAUAUGCAAGUGUGUUCCAAGUUUUUGUAUGGUGUAUGCUAUUUCAAAAGGUGGGUUGUCCAUGGUUUACUCUCCUGGAUCAGAAAGUGACAACAGUUCUAAGAUACUCCAGGUCAACGAGAGUUCUAACAGUGAGCUUUCUUCAGAUAAGUCAUCGGUAUCAGAUAUUACACCUUCCGCAAUUUCCAGAUCCAACUCGCUUGGUGGGAAUCUGGACAGUCUCCCCUCUGCACAUCAUAAUUGGCCACACUCUUUACAAGAACAUCUCUCUGGAAGCACUUCAACGUCUACUGUUGAUGCUCAAAGUAUCAGUCCUUGUACUGAUGGAUCUAGUAACUUGCGUAUCUCAGAAAAAAGUCCAACCGUGAGCAGGGCACUGCAGGAAUUGAUGCUCUCAGAGGACGAGGCAAGCACUCCUUGUGCUAGUGGUCAAAUUUCUGCAUCUACUAAUUUGCCUGUCUCCGGCAAAGCUCUAACUAUAAAGAGUUCGCUGCAGGGAUUGAUGCUUUCGGAGGACAAGGCAAGCACUCCUUGUGCUAGUGGUCAAAUAUCUGGAUCUAGUAACUUGCCCAUCACAGACAAAGCUCCAACUGUAAGCAAUGCACUGCAAGAAUUGAUGCUUUCAGAAGACAAGGAUAAUGUCAAUUUUGAGCUUGAAAAACUCAGGAUUAAACUAGGACAUAUGAAAGGAGUGUGCAAACUCGUUCAGGAUGAGUCUACCAGUGCUUCUCAGCAAAUGAUUGACCUAGUUGAAAGACGUGCUCAAGAGGAAGCUCGGCUGCUGGAGGUCCACUACAGGAUCAACACUACUAUUGAGGCAGCACAGAAAGAGAGGGAGCAGCGGUACGCUGUAGAGGCGCAAGCCAGGCAUGUGAGGGACCUUGCAAAAGAAGAAGCUUUGAAAAAGCAGAAUUUGCAGCUUAGGGCAUCAAGGGAGGCUGAUAAUAUGCAAAAGCUGGAGAAACUUCUUGAAUCGGGAGGCAAGUCAUACAUAAUAUUUACAUGGGAGGAGAUAGAAUCUGCUACAUCAUCGUUUUCAGAGGCACUUAAGAUUGGAUCGGGAGCUAAUGGAACAGUGUACAAGGGCAAAAUCCACCAGAAGACAGUGGCCAUAAAAGUACUCAAAUCUGAUGACAGCCGCAUCACCAAACAUUUCGAACAGGAGCUUGAGAUUUUGGGUAAGACCCGGCAUCGCCAUUUGUUGCUGCUUCUAGGUGCCUGUCUGGACAGAGCUUGCUUGGUGUACGAAUACAUGGAGAAUGGCAGCCUUGAGGAUCGGCUGCAGUGCAAAGGAGGCACAGCCCCACUCCCAUGGUACCACCGUUUCCGUAUUGCAUGGGAAAUAUCAUUGGCUCUUGUCUAUCUACACAGUUCAAAACCAAAGCCAAUUAUCCACCGUGACCUCAAGCCUGCAAAUAUACUCCUUGACAGCAAUUUCACUAGCAAAAUUGGCGAUGCAGGCCUUGCAACAUUGCUUCCCUUAAGGGACGCUUCGUCAACACAUACAAUUCAAAAAGCAACAGAUCUAGUUGGUACACUAUUUUACAUGGAUCCAGAGUAUCAGAGGACAGGUCAAGUCUCAGCAAAAUCUGAUGUAUACGCUUUGGGCAUGGUGUUCUUGCAGCUUCUGACUGCAAAUUCACCAAUGGGGCUAGCAGACACUGUUGAGCGAGCAGUGGAAGAGGAUCGCCUUAUUGACAUCCUGGACCAGCAUGCAGGAAAGUGGCCUGUGCGAGAAGCGCAUGAGCUAACUCAGCUUGGCCUAAGAUGUUUGGAAAUGCGAAGCAAGGAUCGACCUGACCUGAAGUCUAAGGUUCUUGUAGUUUUAGAGCGGCUGAACAAUAUGGCCAGCACUGCCUGUGACUCAGUGCAGGCAGUCCCAGUUGCACCACCAAGCCAUUUUAUUUGCCCUAUACUCAAGAGGGUAAUGCAGAAUCCAUGCAUCGCAUCUGACGGGUACUCAUACGAGCGGGUUGCGAUUGAGAUGUGGCUUCAUGAGAAUGAUGUGUCACCAUUGACGAAGACACGGCUUCCUGACAAGAACUUGGUGCCCAAUCAUGCUCUGCUAUGCCUGAUCAAUUGUUGGAAGGGAGAAGCAGGAGCUACUGGGCUCAUUUGCUGAGCUUUACUACCCACGGAUAUCGCAUUAGAAGCUGAUUCUGUACAGGUUUACCUAUGAAAACAAAGAAGAUUAAAGUACGAUGAUGGUGACCGGCCUAAAAGACUUAGGACUGGAUGAGAAUUGCUGGGGAGAUUAGAUAGGAAGCCAAAGGUGUCGGAGCGGCUUCUCAUGUUCCAAAUGACCCCAGCAACCCAUGCAUCUUGCUGAUGGAAAAAGGCAAAACAAGAGUAGUCGAUCUCAAAGGCUUCAGCAUUGUCGUCAUCCGAUGAUCUCGUCUGGAACCGCCAUGAACCUCGUCCGCUUCUGCAUGCAACAAGGGGAUGGAUCGGAAAAUUUCAGAAUGUGAAAUCAGAUUAUAACAAUAAGAGAGAUUGGGGUCGACGCUAUGUGUAAACAGAUAUGCAUAGAAGGCAUCGUUGGAUUUGGUGAAGUCGCAGGGAUUGGGACGGGUCGUUGGAAAGCCUUUGACAAACCAACGGUUCCCCUUGAAAAAGGAAGCGUUGCGAUCGUGAAUUGAUCGAAAUUAAUCACUGUCUAGACUCUUAUUACUCGA